AUGAACCAAUUGGAAAGGUUUUCGUUGUUGGCUCUGAUUUCUUGUCUCCUCGAUGAUUGUAUGUGUCGCUGUCUUUUGAGGGCUUCUUUCUUUGGAUACGUCUGUACGCUGUUUCUGGUCGCCUUUGGGAAUGACUUAAAAGGUUCAAAGCCUUCUGAUGAACGUUCAAAAGAGCAACUACCAUUAUCUCUGAGUGAAGCCGAAAAUGCCUACCAAAAGGGCAUUCAGAUGCUUUUGGAAUGUAAAAAUCCUUCCCUAGGAGAUCCUUCAGCUUUAAAGCUAAUAUCGAGCGCUGCUGAGGCGGGACAUGCCAAAGCUCUUGAGGCAAUAGCGACCGCAUCUGCUCUUGCUUGGGGUGGGCUACCUCUAUCCAUUAACGCGGCUGUGGAGCAAUUUCGUCGUCUAGCAGAAGAAGGCAACCCCCGGGGUCAACUGGGCCUGGGCAUUCUGCACGCUGCUGGCAUUGGAGUAAACGCCAGCGUUCCUCAAGCUAUCAUCUAUUUGACUUUCGCAGCUCUUGGUGGUGAUGAACUCGCAGAAAUGGCUAUGGGUUACCGAUACCUGGCUGGGAUCGGUGUGGAAUCGAACUGUGAAACAGCCCUGGCCUACUACCGACGCGUGGCAGGCAGAGUGGCGGAGCAGGUGGAGAACCGCGUGAAAGCGGGAGCGGGCCCGAUAUUGCUGGGACCUACAGUGGUGCGCAUCAACCUGCUGGAGGAACGUGAGCAAGCUGUUGGGGGUACCGCGCUCUCCAACUACUUCAUCUCUGAUGACAUUCUCUCCUACUAUAAAUUUGUUGCCGACUCCAAUAACGUCACUGCUCAGGUCACUUUGGGACAACUCUACUACAAUGGCCAGCAUGGCAUCGAUCUUAAUCAUAAACUGGCCCUCUACUACUUCAAGCGUGCCGCUGAAUCCGGUAGCUCUCUUGCAAUGGCCUAUCUCGGCGAGAUGUACCUCGUGGGUAGUCCAGAAGUGCCGAAGGAUGAGGCUCUAGCUCUCAAUUAUCUGCAGCGUGCCGUAACCGCCGGAAAUCCUAUGGCACUUACAGGCCUAGGGCUGGCCUACCUUCACGGUCGAGCGGGCUUGACACCAGAUCCAGUAAAAGCAAUGGAUUUGUUUGUUAAAGCCGCUGAUCAAGGAUGGCCGGAGGCGCAACUUCAAUUAGGUCUUCUGUUUAUGGGCACGUUGGGCUGGAAAGCUGACUAUAAAAUGGCCCUUAAGUACUUUACUUUGGCCUCGCAGCAAGGAAACACGCUAGCCUUCUACAAUUUGGGACAAAUGCACGCCACCGGAAUGGGUGUGUUCCGUUCAUGCGGCACCGCUACCGAGCUAUUCAAAAACGUGGCUGAGCGUGGUCGCUGGUCUCAACUACUCACGUCAGCCUACCUGGAGUACUGGUCUGGCAAUCACGAGGUCGCCUUUCUUCAAUAUGUCGCUCUCGCUGAACUUGGCUACGAGGUCGCCCAGAGCAAUGCCGCGUUAAUUCUCGAGGAGGACAAAAUUGACUUCGUUCCCGACAAUGAGCGCUACAAGCGUGCUUUCGUGUAUUGGAAACGCUCCUCCGCACAGGGCUCUUCCACAUCACGCGUAAGACUGGGUGACUAUCACUUCUACGGUCUGGGCACAGAGGUGAAUUACGAGCAGGCCAUUCAGGAGUAUCGAUUCGCCUCGGAUGUGUUGCGCAAUGCACAAGCCAUGUUCAACCUUGGCUACAUGCACGAGCACGGCCUCGGCUUCAAACGCGACAUUCAUCUUGCCAAGCGUUUCUACGAUAUGGCGGCAGCGACCUCGUCGGAUGCGCAAAUACCCGCGGCGUUAGCGCUUGCCAAGCUCUCCUUCUCGUUUGCAUUCGAAUUUCUACGGAAAUUCUCCCUGUUUCGAAGCUUCUUCGGUCUGUUUGUAACCGUAACGGAGGGUGGUCGCGAGCCGGUUAUCCCCUCAAAGAUGGACUGGGACUUCUACGUCAUCCCCUUGCUUGCCGGAGUUCUGUCCCUCCUCAUUAUCUACAUGCGUUUUCUACAAUAA